AUGGCGGCGCUGGGAAUGAGAGCGGAGGCGGCGAAUGCGCGGCUGCUACAAGAGCGCAUUGAAGUCGUCCGUGAGCAGCUGGUGGAGCUGCAGGAUCAAGUGACGCGUUAUGAUGCAGUGGCUGAGACGCUAACAGAAUUACCAAAGAAGCUCAUACAUAAAGUUAUGGUACCUUUGGGUAAGCGUGCUAUGGUCCCAGGCAAGAUUGUGCGCUCAAAUGAGGUGCUUGCACAAUUAGGAGAUGAGUAUUUCUCAUGGCGUUCAACACCACAGGCUAUUGAGAUUAUUGGGCGCAAGAAGAAGAUUUUGGAUAAACAGAUUGAGAUACAGGAGGAGAAUCUACGUGAGUUGAGCUCCAAGAAAAUGGACGUGGGGACCGUCGCACAAUUGCAGAAAAUGUAUGAGGAGGAGAACAUUUGUGAAAUUCAAGAGACGGAAGAGCAGAGUGAAAUGGGAUUGGUACCACGUGCAACAGAAGAAGACAUUAACGAAUAUUUUGAACUAGAAGAAGAAGAGAGACGGAAGCAAGAGCAAGCGUCGUGGAACUGGGACGAUAUGAUGAAACGGAUGGAAAGUCUGGAAGCGCAAGAGGCCGCUGGAGACAGGACACAUGGUGAGAAUGUGGCAAAGACAGAGGAGGGUGUGUCGGAGAAAGCACAGGCUGCGGCGUUGAAGAGUAAGGGCAAUGAUGCGUUUGCUCGACGACGUUUCCAGACAGCAGCUCAGUACUAUUCGCAGGCCAUUAAGCUGGAUCCGACCUCUCAUAUUUUGUAUGGCAACCGUGCUGCAGCACAUCAUCGCUUGAAAAAGUACAAGCUAGCACUUGAAGAUGCUGACGUCGCUAUCUCACUGCAUGAGCCAUGGGCUAAAGGACAUUACCGUAAAGCCUGCGCUCUGGCGGCGUUGGAGAAGUUUGAGGAAGCUGCCGAAGCAUAUGAACGUGCCAUGGAGUUGUGUCCUACCGAUGACAAGCUAGGAGAGAAGGCAAAGCAAAUGCGCAAAAAGGCUCAUGCCAUAUCGUUUAGCAGUGAUCACGACAGUGUCGCUCCGACACCAAAAGUAGAGCCUGAUCCAGCGUCAUUGACUACAAAGCCUGCGUCAGUGUCAUCGCCGCCACGGAAUCUACAGACAUCCACAGCUAUGGACUCGUCUUUGUCUGCAUCGACAGCAUUUUCUGGCAGUAUUAAGGAGCGUGAGAUUAAAGUAAAUGUGCCGACCCCCUUGUCUACUACACCCAUGACGACACCAGAGCCCCGGUAUUCCCGCUUCAAUGGCUCAAACUACACUGGUCAAACCGUGACCUUGGAGCCAGUUGGCGAAGCACAACCUGUGAAGCGAGUAUCCCGAUUCAAAGCUGCAAGAGCGGCCCGAGAAUCCCGCUAA